CAAAAGUCUGUCACACUCGUUCUGUCCAAAAGAGAUUGCAGGAACAGUUACAUAUCGCACGUAAAGGGGCUUUCCGAUACUACUUUUUUCUGUUUAGACGGUGAAUGCGGAACGUCUAGUCUCAAACUUUCUCCUUCAGUUAUAUUCGAUUGGCAACUCGGUAAGAUGUCAGACAACAUCCAUUGCCUACCAUUAGGCGCCUUGAACAAAACAGAAGACAGCAAACAGCUGAUUUUAUUUGUCAACAUCGGUACAACAACGCGGGUUCAUUUUAAAUUUUAACUUUAAUUUAUAAAUAAAAGUUUUGUGGGACCUUCAUUAGUCAACAACAAUGAAUCGGCGAAUUGAACGUGCUCCGGGACGCUUCGUCCGAGGCCGGGCACAUGGAGGAGGCGCUUAUCGUCCGUACUUUUAUUUUCGUCGCAACGGUCGGACAAUACCAGCUGGUGGCCGGGGAGAUUGUCAGGCAGCAGGAAGCGCACCGAGAGGUGGCGGUUGGCGUGGACGUCGUCGUGGAUCACAGCGUAACGAUAAUUCCUUGACACAUCCACCAGACAUCCGCUUAGAUUCGUCGUUCCUGCGACCUGAAUGUUAUGCAGCGCCGGAAGAUGCUCAACAUAUGGCACAAAGCAUUGCAGUUAAUAUGCCCCUACAAUGUCCCGGUUGGCAUAUGUACUUUCAACAAGAGCCGUACAAGGAGGCAUCGGAAGUAGCCGUACGAAUUAAGUCAGUGGAAGAUUACUAUAAUCGACAAGAAGCGCUUUAUGAUUUGAAGCAAAUACAAUUUGCAAAGUGCUUUAAGUUGGAGGAGAAUAAAGUUACUGCGGAUGAAUUACUUAUGAAAGCGUGGCCACAUUUGAAACAAGAUAUGUUGGCGCAUACGCACCGCACAUUGGCAACAUUCGGCGUCGCUAUGCACAAAGUAGUGACAUUGGCAACGGUGGAUCAUUUGUCGAGUCAACGAGCGUGUAGCAAAGAUGUCUACGUGCCGCGCUGCACUCUACCACGAAAGAUAUACGUGAGACCAGUGGGUUUUCAAGAACUUAGUUUAAUAUCUGAUGUGGAUACUUCGGUUGUGGAUAGUAUGUGCAGAGUACGCGGCGUAGUGUCUGCUAUAGGGCCAGUAGAAGCGAGCGCCUCUUGGAUAGCUUUCAAAUGUUCGCGAUGCGGGCAGGAGCAAACGCUAAAGCAAAGUGGAUUCUAUACUUCGCGCCCAUAUAACUGCAAGCGCGAAGGAUGCAUAGCAAAGAAGAAUUUUAUAGAGCAACGAUCAUCUCCUUUUACUCGCAUCACUCCUUUGCAAAUAAUACAACUUCAAGAGAACAAUUUACAGUCGCCUGGCGACUCUGAAAUGGGAAAUCAAAAAACCUUAGAUAUCGAACUAAGAUAUGACUUAGUUGAUACUCUCGUAUCUGGGCAAGAUGUAAUCAUAACGGGUAUACUUAAAAUGCAUUCAUUAAUCGACGAACAAAAUACAUAUCCCAAUUCCGCUGAGCCUGCGUGUAAAAUCUAUAUGAAAGCAGCCUCCAUAAUAGAUGCAAAGAAGUUGGGCCACAACUUUACUCAACGUGAUCUCGACGCAAUUUCAAUGAUAAACUCAGAACCAGACAGUUUUAAGCUUCUGGCACAUUCCGUGGCGCCAGAGCUGCAUGGCGAAGAGUUGGUGAAAGCAGGUGUGUUACUAUCACUUUUUGGUGGUGCUGGCUCACAAAUACACAAUGAUUCAGAGAUUAAUGUGCUAUUGGUUGGCGAUCCGGGCAUUGGCAAAUCACAUUUACUAGAAAUGAGUGCAAAAGUUUCGCAGAGAGGUACGCUGCUCAGGGGCAAACGUUGUUCGCCUUCUACGCAAUCAUUAACCACAACGCUUCAAGGCCGCACAAAUCACAUUGUCAACUCUGGCGCGCUUAUUACUUCCAAAACUGGCCAUUGUGCAAUCGAUGAUCUUGAUCGUUUAGCUUCACAGCAAGACAUUCUAUUGCAAUUGAUGCAAUGUAAAACUGUUUCAUUACCAUUGCCUAAUAUAUAUACAACUAUUGCGAUGCCCACGUCCGUUAUUGCUGCUGCCAACUCACUGCGUGGUCAUUACGAUCGUUCACGGCUACUGACAGAAAAUACACGUUUGAACAAUUCAUUGCUGCAGCAAUUUCACUUAAUAUUUUUGCUAUUAGAUAAGUCUAAUAAAGAUUUGGAUACGUCUUUAACGGAACACAUCAAAGCAAUGCAUGAUGGCGUAAAGAAAAGCUCUGCGAUUGCUUCACGGUUCGCUAUGAAACCAAAAGGAAAUAAUUCAAUGAAUAUUACCAUCAGCGAUGAUGAACUGGACGAUGACAAUUAUGAUUUGAGUGAUCGUUUAAAAUUAAAAUAUAUAGAAUUUGAAGAGGAGAAAUUGGAUUUACUGCCACCAAUAUUAUUGAAGAAGUUUAUCGCAUAUGCUCGCCAACAUAUGCGUCCAUUAUUAAGUGAUGAGUCUGCCGAAACUUUAAAAUCCUUUCAUAUGGGUUUGCGAGAGAAAGGAGAUGAAGAAAAUCGUUGCACUGUGAGUACAAGUCACCUCGAGGGUCUCAUCCGACUCUCACAAGCCCGUGCGCGCAUUGAUUUCUCGGCGGAAGUGACGAAAGCGCAUAUACGCGAUGUUCUAUGCAUUGUGCGACACAGUAUUGCCGAUACAGUGACGACCGAUUAUAUAGACACAAAUCCAGCGACAGCAAGCGCAUCCACCAGCCAACGAAGUACAGUAAAAAAGUUCAUACAAAUGUUGCAAAUGCGUUCGAGCGCCUUGGGUCGGCGCAUAUUCGACUAUGAUGAAUUGAAAGAUAUGGCAACGCGCGCGGGUAUAUCGUGUGGCGUCAGCAAUUUGGUAGAGACUGUAAAUUUGCAAGGAUAUUUGCUGAAGAAGGGUCCAAAUAUGUAUGAGGUGAUGACGGAUUAGUGGCGGAGGAUGAGGUGAAUAAAUGAUAUAUGUACGUAUUUAUGUACAAUAUUUAAAUGAUUUUUAGUAUUAAUAAUCAAAAUAAUAUAAAGUCUUCUUAGUGCCGUUUUCCAAGCAAGUUUUAAAAUUUAUCUGCCCAGAACAAAAUUUGUGUUUAAAGGGCAGAUAAAUUUUAAAACAUACUUGAGAAAACGGCUUUUAAUUAGGGAAAGUGAUUAUCAGUAUUUUUUUGUUACUUACAUACACAUACAUAUUUUAAGUUACACUUAUGAAGUAGUUUUAUGAAAUAAAUAAAAUGAGAGAUUUGAACUUUUAUACUACAUACACAUGCCGUAAAAGAAAUAUGUAAAUACAAAACAGGAAAAAUUAAAAUUUUGAUAACUUGCUUGGGAAUCGCUUCUACGAUGGACCACAAUUUUUACGACGAUUUCUAUACAAAGAAGCUUCAUACUGGUAUUCACGGGAAGAUAAGAGGGUUGGCAAGAUGCAGAUAUUCUGAUUCCAAGGACUGGAUAUCUGCUCUGAAGGAACGGAAUCUGCCCUUGACCUCGAGGGCGGGGAAAGAAAUGGGCUUGCUGUAAUAAGCCUUGAAACAAACUUGCAAUUCCAAACGAUUUGGCUCACGGUGUACUAGGGUGAAUUAUAAUUUUUAGCAAUCUUAAUCUUAAUCUGUAAAUUAAAUUCUACAAAUGGUGUUAAGAGUUAUCUUUGUGUCAUUUUGAUAGAACAACUUAAGUGACUUUAGAAGGUUUGAAUUUGGAUUAAAAAAAUAAUAAGUUGCACUUAAACAAUUUUAUGGUUUUAUAAGGCUUCUAUUAAUAGGGCAGUUCAAUGGAAUAUUCAAGGUAUUCAUGUAAACUAGAUAUGCCAGAUCGAAAUAAAAAAAUCGAUUUUUGAAU